AUGGCCUUCGAGAACGACUUCAACUCCACGUCCAGGUCCGCCGAGGGGACAAAGGGAAAAAUGAUGCCGGACGAAGCCGUGCAGGUUCAGGCCAUGAACCCCUCCUCGGACUUGAACGACAUCGACUGCGAGAAGCAUGGUGCGAGUCGCGAGUCAAACCCAUUGCCGGAUCUCAAGCGGAAGCUGAAAAGCAGACACCUUCAGAUGAUUGCCAUUGGUGAGUCGCCUCCUGUUCUUCUGUCGAUUAUCCCCCGUGGGACAAUUGGGACAGGUCUGUUCAUCGGUAGUGGCACCGCUGUUGCCAACGGAGGUCCUGUGGGCGCUCUCAUCGCCUACAUCUUCGUCGGUACGAUCGUAUACUCGGUCAUGACUUCCCUCGGCGAAAUUGCGACAUAUAUCCCCAUUCCUGGAGCAUUCACAGCAUACGCUGCCCGGAUGGUUGAUCCUAGCCUUGGCUUUGCUAUGGGGUGGAUUUAUUGGUUUUCAUGGGCUAGCACGUUCGCCCUCGAGCUGACAGCAACGGGACUGAUCAUUCAAUUCUGGGAUAGCUCAAUUAACAUCGCCAUCUUCAUCGCCAUCUUCUGGGUCCUGAUUACGUGUUUGAACUUCCUUCCCGUUAGCUUCUACGGCGAAUUGGAAUUCUGGCUCUCAAGUGUCAAGGUCAUUACUGUUGUUGGGUUCAUGAUCUUUGGUAUUUGUAUCGAUGCUGGCGCCGGCGAUGAAGGCUAUCUCGGGUUUCACUACUGGGUCCAUCCGGGACCAUUCGCUCCUUACUCUGGUGUUUCCCCUGACUCAACGGCAAAAUUUGUCGGCUUUUGGUCGGUUCUCAUCCAAGCCGGCUUUUCAUAUCAAGGAACGGAGUUGGUCGGUAUCGCAGCAGCUGAGACUGAGAACCCUCGCAAAACAGUUCCAGCAGCUAUUCGCAAAACCUUUUACCGCAUCUUGUUCUUCUUUGUUCUUACUAUCUUCUUUAUCGGUAUUCUGGUGCCCUACACCAACCCGAACCUCCUGACUGAUGGAAACGAUGCCAACUCGUCGCCAUUUGUUAUUGCAGCGCGACUUGCAGGUGUCAAGGUUCUACCGAGCAUCAUCAACGCUGUUCUACUAACUGUGGUGCUUUCUGCCGCCAACUCGAAUGUCUACAGUGGCAGUCGUAUUCUGAUUGGCUUGGCUCAGGAAGGGUUUGCCCCACGCUGGUUUAAGAAGACCACGAAGAAGGGCGUGCCUUACUUCAGCGUUGCCUUCACGGCAGCCUUUGGUCUUCUCGGCUUCAUGAAUGUCUCCAAUUCUGGUAGCACAGUGUUCAACUGGCUCGUCAACAUUGCUGGUGUGGCAGGAUUUAUUACCUGGGCAUCAUUGAAUGGCUGUCACCUUGCUUUCAUGCGCGCCUUGAAGGCCCGCAACAUCUCCCGUGACCUUCUUCCCUAUAAGGCCAUAUGGCAGCCUUACUAUUCCUGGUAUGGGCUGUUUUUCAACGUCCUGAUCAUCCUCACUCAAGGCUUCACUGCCUGGAUUACUAGCUUCAGCGUCACGGACUUCUUCAUCGACUAUAUCAGCUUGAUUCUCUUUGUGGUGCUCUACAUAGGCCAUAAGGUCUACUUCCGAACUUCCUUUGUGAAACCUCUCGAGGCCGACAUCGACACCGGCCGCUUGGAACUUGAAAACGAGACAUGGGAAACCGAAGUUCCAACCAAGUGGUACCAGAAAAUUUACCACUCGUUCUUGGCUUGA